UAUAAACAGUCGACUACGCCUUGAAGUUAUUUGAAAAUUAGUUUAAUAAAACGCAUGCUUCAUUGUAUUUUAGAUAUUGUGUUAUAAAAGUGAAGGUUAUUAAAACAGCAGGCUGUGAGAAAAGUGUCUUAGCCACAUUUAUUACCAAACAAACAUUGACCGUUAGAAGUUGAGCAUUAAGCUCCAGAAUUUGAUUUAAACCGUGUUUUACGCUAAAUUAGUUGACAAUGGAGUCUGCAUCAGUAACUGACCGCUUAAACAAGCUGAGGGAGGAGAGAAUCGCCCGAGAAAAGGCGCGAAUUGCGAAGCUACGGGAGCUAAACCUCAAGAAAUACAACAAAAAUGAUGACAUUAAAAAUUCUAAUUCAAACCUUUCCAUAGUUAAUAAAUCAGUCAAAUCUGAAUCGAAUAUGAAAAACAAUGGUGCAGGCCCUGUAAAAAAUUAUUUGCAUGUCAAUGGCGCGGCGAAGAGGCCUCUCUCAGUACCAACAAAAAUAAAAAAUGAAGAUGCUAAAUCCAAAUCAGAUCUGCCUAAAUCGACAUCAAACAUACCAAAAAUUACAAACAAAACUGAAAAGAUCAUGUCUAAUAUUGUGAAUGUUAACAAAAAGGUGGGAAUUACCAAUAACAAUAAAAAGCCAGUUAAUAAUACCGAAAGCAAAUUCUCCAAAAGUGACAAGAAGCAGGUCUUGGAUGGUAAACCACAGGUACCCCGCGUCAGUCUUUUGCAGAAACCUAAGUUAAACACUAAUGCUGACCGAAAACAAAACUUUCCCAUCCGAAAGGCUGAAGGUCUAACUUCAAAUGUAAAAAUCCGCCAAAGUCUUGCCGUUGCCAACAACAAACCCCCUUCCGAUGUACCACGCAAGUCCAUGAUCCCUCAAAGCGCCUCAAAUUCUGAAUCAGUCUUUGACCGCCUCUACAAACCGAAACCAGUUCAAAAUAGUCACAAAAAUGAAAUUGAAAAGCUACAAACUGAUCCUAAUUACUUGAAGAAGGUGAUCCGUACCUCUGGAUUGAUUUUGAACAAACGACACACAGUUUUUGAGCCCGCCAAAGCGAAGGUAGCAGUGCCAGUCCGCAGAUCAAUCUCCGCUGUCCAUUUCAAACGUAUAGGAAAGCAAGAACUUGGCAAUUGUAUUCACAAAUGGUCCUCAAUUGGUGACAAACUCAACAAUAUUCAUUUGAAACAUAUCAACGAGGAUGAAAAUGUACGGGAAGAGAAAGUUGUGUCUGCGGUUAAGAGUGAGAGAAAAAAAGUGACCUUUAUGACACCGAUGGGUAACUUCAACACUCCAAGGCCAGAGGAACUGCAAGCGAGGUUGAAAUCUUGGCUGCAGAAGCGGGGCAAAUCACUGGACUCCUAUCACCAUUUGCAAUGCUUUGGCAUACAUCAUUUACCGCAGACUAUAAAGUUUGAUCCUAAAGCUUUUGACGAGGAAAAUAAAGAGAACAUAGCGGUAGAAUCUGACAGUGAUGAUGAUUCUUUUACGGAGAACAUGAAUGAGGAUCCGAAGGCCAGUACGGAGAGAUGGAGGAAUGCUAGCUGCGUGACGGACAGUGAAGAUUUUAAUGAAUCCCAUAAUACUACUGCGACGUGCAGCGAUAUUAUUAACUUGGAUGAAGUUGUCGUUGGCGCUUUGAAUGAUUUGACCGAGUUACUUAAAGAGGGUUUCGAUUGGGAACAAUGCGCGCGCUGGCUGCGUGCAAUACGCGAGCGUUUCCCUUCGGCUCCGCACAGCGCCGCGUACUGGGAAUGUCGGGCCGCGCUCGAGGAAACGCGCGGCGAUCUGCCUGCUUCCGUCCAGUGCUGGGAAGAAGCUAUCGCUAAGGGCACUGAGCGCUCCGUAGUGGAAGCCAAUUUAGACCAGCUGCUAGACAAAUUUAUGCAGUUGAAAAUAAGUCCAAACAGCCACGGGAAGCGCCGGGAGGUCGACCCCAAGCUGGUCGACGUCAAAAACGUGUUCAAAAGCACUAUCAUACGAUUCGCUGUCCAACAGGCAAAGUUACGCCAAUCGAACCAAUUCGAUGCUCCGAAGUACACGGUGACCCCAGUGCGACGCAGUGCAAGGUUGAGCUCUCAUUGGAGUGCAAAACGCACCCCCCUACAAGUUUGCACAAGUGUAAGACAAGCUGACGAAGUACUAGGAGAAAAACCAGUGUUCGUGCCAAACGGAAGCCUAUAUGGCACUCCUUAAAGUUGAAGAUGCAAUAUUUUAUGGGUUAAAGUUAAAUUAUCUUGUAUAAAGAACUUAAUUGUACUAUAAGGUAUGAAAAUGAAUUGUUUAGUAUUAAAUAGUUACUGACAGCGAUCUCGCCCGCUGUACGGGUGUUAAAAAUAC